GAAAGAAACCUUUGAGCAUACAGAAAAUUUCACUUAGCUCGAUGACGGGUUCCUCGAGCUUCUUAUACUACCACAAUGCUUAGCUGAUUACAGGAUUAGUUUGCUUUGUAGCAAUUUGCUUUGUACGCAUUGUCUUGACCAUUUUCUCACAAUUCCUUGAAGGUGACCUCCGCUACCAGGCAGACGACAGUGACAGCACGCAUAUUCUUACUGAUUUGGAAAAUGCAGAGAAGGUUAAAAGAUCAGUGGCCUCACUGUCCAUGAAGGGUCUAUUUUGCAUGGGACGCACUGCCGGUUUCGUGUCGGCCGCUGAAUUCGCUGAGCUGGACGAAAGCGAGUACCAAGACUGUCCGGUUGAUGAUCCGCAGAACACAGUGCUUGCCGUGUGCUACACAUCGGGAAGCACGGGCCCGCCCAAGGGCAUGGAGAUUACGCAUUACAACUACGUGGCCUGCUGCUACACGUCGAGUUUCGUAACACCAUAUGGAAAGGAAGAGAUCUAUCUUGGCGUGGAUCCUAUUACAACCCAGUCGGGCAUGCUUUAUGCUGUGAUAGUGAUGUUGGACGGAGGUACCAACGUCAUAACUUCUGCAAGUUUGAACAGUAGAGAAAUCAUCGAUGCCAUCGACAAGUACAAGGUUACGGGGGCCCACUUAUUCCCGUCAAGACUGCAAGGAGUGCUGCGUGAAAUGCGUCGCACUGGUCGAAAACUGCCAAGCCUGAAGCGCCUCCUCGUCAUAGGAAGUGUGCUGUCGCCCUCUGUAGUUGAUGCGGCAAGUGAAGCCUUCGAGGGACUGGAGUGUUUGCAAAACAUGUACGCCAUGACUGAGUCUUGCUCUAUCAUAACGGCUCCACCAAAGACCAGUGGGGUCUGUAGAGGAGCUGACGCCGGUGUUCCUAAUACAACAACAAUGCUAAAGGUGGUUGAUUUGAUCACGGGUCGGAAGCUUGGACCGCAUCAGAUAGGGGAGAUCUGCUACCGCACAGCAGCUAUGGUCAGGGGCUACUACAAGCGGCCCAAAGAAACUGCUGAGCUUUUUGACGAAGAGGGCUGGUGCAAGUCAGGUGAUGCUGGAUACUACGAUGAGGACGGUAGGUUGUACAUCGUUGAGCGGCUGAAGCAGCUCAUCAAGUGCAUGGAUAAUCAGGUGGUUCCGGGGGAGCUGGAGGAACUCCUGCUUCGGGAACACUCGGCUGAUAUUGCCGAGCUGUCCGUUGUUGGGCUUCCCCAUUUCGAGUAUCUAGAGGCUGCUGCGGCUGCCGUGGUGCUCACGCAAGAAGGUCGUCAGAAGAAUCCUGAGCUCCUCGCUAGGGAUAUCAAGGCUACCGUGGAAAGCCAUCUCGCCGUCUACAAGCACCUACAUGGCGGUGUCUAUUUUGUGGAUUCUCUUCCAAAGACUGAAACUGCGAAAGUCAACAGGCCGGCGCUGGUGCGCUUUCUCACUUCAGAUACCGGGAAGCUAGCGCAGGUUUGAGCAUGUAGAGAGACACAAGUCCAGGGCGCUAUUAGCAAUUGUCAUUUUGGUCAGUUGGUGAAACAUAUUUUUCGGGUUUCCUUGCGCGUAGCUAUCGCGAAUUUUUAGUGAGGUCAGUUGGCGAUAUCAGUGUCAAUACUCUGCAUUGGUUUGUCUUGAAUAAA